GAUCCUCUUAUUUAUUCUUCCCAAAAUGCCCUCCAGCUGCCACUGAAUCUACAUUUCAUACCCCACCCUUUCAUUGCCCAUUUUGCUCCUCCUUCCGACACUAGCACUUUCCUGUCUAUAAAAACGAAAGCCCACACCGUCUCUCUCUCUCUGUCUCUCUCUCGUUUCUUUUGACUUUCUCUCUCUAGCAAUCCCUUUUGGACUGAAAAUGGAGGACAUGGUUACUCUCAAAAUUGACGAGGAGACCUCGCUCUUGAAACGGUCCAACAAUGGUGGUGAUGGGUCAUGGCGUUUGAACUUCGAUGGCUUUCAGUUAUCCGCAGAACACACAGAGAAAAAGCCUCCCCCUGGCAUCCAUGAUUGUUAUGGAGUCUUAGGUCCAGAGGACAAUGUGGCCGAGUAUUACCAGCAGCAGGUGGAGAUGCUUGAGGGCUUUAAUGAAAUGGAUGCUUUGGCAGAGCGUGGUUUUAUCCCUGGAAUGUCAAAAGAAGAGCAGGAAAAGUUGGCAAAAAGCGAGACAUUUGCCAUCAGAAUUUCAAAUGUUGCAAACAUGGUUCUUUUUGCAGCCAAAGUUUAUGCAUCCAUCAGAAGUGGUUCAUUGGCCAUCAUUGCAUCCACAUUGGACUCACUGCUUGAUCUUUUGUCUGGCUUCAUCUUGUGGUUUACUGCAUUCUCCAUGCAAACACCUAACCCAUAUCAGUACCCUAUUGGAAAGAAGCGUAUGCAACCAUUGGGAAUUCUAGUAUUUGCCUCCGUCAUGGCGACUCUAGGACUGCAGAUUAUUUUGGAGUCUAUGCGCACACUAAUAUACGAUGGGGAUGAAUUUAACUUGACCAAAGAGCAAGAGCGAUGGGUUGUGGGAAUUAUGCUCAUGGUUACUUUGGUAAAACUGCUAUUGAUGAUUUACUGCCGCUCUUUCGCUAAUGAAAUUGUUAAAGCCUAUGCCCAGGAUCACUUUUUUGAUGUCAUCACCAAUAUCAUUGGCCUCUUUGCUGCACUCCUUGCUAAUUAUUUUGAUGGCUGGAUGGAUCCUGUUGGAGCUAUUAUUUUGGCCUUGUACACCAUCCGCACGUGGUCAUUGACAGUGCUAGAAAAUGUGAAUUCCCUUGUCGGAAAAUCAGCUGCUCCAGAAUAUCUACAGAAACUCACAUACCUCUGUUGGAAUCACCACAGAGCUAUUCGGCACAUUGAUACCGUUCGCGCUUAUACCUUUGGGUCUCACUACUUUGUUGAGGUUGACAUUGUUCUGCCAGCAUCCAUGCCUUUACAAGAAGCUCAUGACAUUGGAGAAUCCUUGCAGGAGAAACUUGAGCGCUUGCCUGAAAUAGAACGCGCCUUUGUUCAUCUGGAUUAUGAGUUCUCCCACAAGCCGGAGCAUGCACAGGCACACUCAUUGUAGCGGGGAAAUGUGUGAUUAUUUUGUAUUCUUCAUUCUCCUGGCCAAAAGGUGUUGUUCUACUUUUGUAUGAACAUGUAUCGGAUGGAAGACAUUUUGAUAGGAAAAAGGUUAUGCGUGUAAAUUAGGGUUGGUAAAACGUCAUAUGAUCCGUUAACACGACAUGAACUCGCACCAAAUUGCAGGUUUAGGUCUACAAUAUGGAUUAGGUCUGCAAUAAGAAAAUGGAUGAAAUCCGUUUGACCUAUUAGAUCCGAUAAUAUAGAAUAUUUUUCUAAUUUUAUAUGAGAUAUAAUUACCUUAAAAUUACUUUUAUAUGAAAAGUUAAAUGGUAAUCAUUAUUCUAGAUUUUUUA